AUGCCUAACUUUGAGAACGAACCCUUGCUUGGGGGCCAGCCUGGGCCCUUGAAGAGAGUGCAGAACGGAAUCGUGCACACCGUGGUCAAGACGUUCCAGCUGUCGCCUGUUAACUACUUGUUGAUCUUCGUGCCGCUUGGGAUCAUCGCUGGCGAGUUGGGAUGGUCUUCCAACGCCAUUUUCUGGUUGAAUUUCCUUGCCAUCGUGCCAUUGGCCUCGCUCUUGGCCUUUGCAACUGAGGAGUUGGCCGAACAUGUGGGUGAGACCGUGGGUGGCUUGUUGAAUGCCACCUUUGGCAAUGCGGUGGAGUUGAUCGUCUCUAUCAUCGCCUUGAAGGACAACCAGGUCAGAAUCGUCCAGGCCUCCAUGUUGGGGUCCAUCUUGUCCAACUUGUUGUUGGUGUUGGGAUGUUGCUUUGUUGCCGGUGGGGUCACUCGUGUCCAACAAACCUUCAACCAAACCGUGGCUCAAACCAUGUCGUCUUUGAUGGCGUUGGCCACGGCUGGGUUGAUGAUUCCAGCUGCAUUCCACGCUUCGUUGCCUGAGCCAAAGAAGGAGAUCGGCUUCCCUGAACCCGGCAGUUCUGACGACUUGAUCUUGAGUUUCUCCAGAGGUGUCUCUAUCAUCUUGUUGGUGAUCUACAUUUUGUACCUUGUUUUCCAAUUGAAGACCCACAAGUCCCUCUUUGAAGAACAGGCCCAAGAGGCCGACGAUGGCAUCAUUACUACUGCACUUCCUACCGACGAUUCCGGCAAGGAAGUGGACCACUUGUCGGUCAAUGCGUCCUUGGGGGUUUUGGUGGGUGCCACCAUCUUGGUGUCGUUCUGUGCCGACUACUUGGUGGGCUCCAUCGAUAACAUUGUCGAGAGUACCGGGUUGUCCAAGACGUUUAUCGGUUUGAUUGUUAUUCCUAUUGUCGGCAAUGCUGCCGAGCACGUUACAGCCAUCGUGGUGGCUAUGAAGGACAAGAUGGACUUGGCCAUUGGGGUUGCGGUUGGGUCCUCGCUCCAGAUCGCCAUUUUUGUCACUCCAUUCAUGGUGUUGGUGGGAUGGGCCAUCGACGUGCCCAUGUCGUUGUACUUCUCGACGUUUGAAACCGCCAUUUUAUUCGUGUCGAUGUUCAUCAGCAACUUGGUAAUUCUUGACGGAGAGUCCAACUGGCUCGAGGGAGCCAUGUUGUUGAGCACGUACUUGAUCGUGGCGUUGGCGUUUUUCUACUAUCCCGACGUGGCCAACUGA